AUGGACUUUGAUAUCGUCCCCUACGAGGAUAUCGUCUGGGGCCGCAAGCUGGGGUCAGGAAGCUUCGGCUCGGUAUACCAAGGAUCGUACCUCGGUAUCGACAUCGCUGUCAAGGAGAUCCUGCCCUCGAACGAGUACGAUGUCCACAAGUACUUUGAGCGGGAAUGGCGGAUCAUGCGUGAAUGUCGGCACCCCAACAUUGUCCUCUUUCUUGGACUGUGUCAAGCGCCGGAGCAUAAUGGCCGGGUGUUCAUCGUCUCUGAGUUUGUCCCAUGUGGCAAUCUGCGACAGUACAUCUUGUCCUCCAACCCGUUCCCGUGGCGGCUCCGAUUAUCUUUCGCAACGGAUGUUGCCCGGGCCAUCGCCUACCUGCAUGCUCGGCAGUGUAUUCAUCGCGACCUGAAGGGAGAAAACCUGUUGAUCACCAGCAACCAACGCAUCAAGGUCACAGACUUUGGGUUUGCUCGGAUCGCCUCCAGGAAUGAGGAGGAGCUGAAGCGAAUGACGUAUUGUGGGACUGAUGGAUACAUGAGUCCCGAGAUUAUCAAUGGCGGUGACCUGAACCUCCCCACCGAUGUCUUUUCGCUGGGUAUCAUCUUCAUCGAAAUCAUGUCCCGACACGUCGUGGACUCCAAGCAUUUCACCCGUCAAGCACCCUCCUUCGUCCCUGACCCCACCGAAGUGACUGCUCGCGCUUCUCCUGGCUGUCCCAGGGCAUUCAUCGAUCUUGCUCUCGCAUGCACCGCCGAAGAUCCCGCAGACCGGCCCAAAAUGACUGAAGUCCUCUCACGUCUUCGGAGUAUCGAGCUCCAGGUCUUGCAAUGGAUGGACGAGCCGGGCGAGCAUGUGGGUUCUAUCAAACUUCAUCGUCGAGAAGGAAAGCGGGCUAUGCCCGUCUUCGACGCUCCUCAGGCGCCAGAAACAGUCGCAGAUCCAGAAGAAGAUGAGGAAAAGAGAGCUGAAGAGGAGGCCUUGAAGCGACUAGCAGAGAUGAGGGUCGACGUCGAAUCCGGACAAGCGGCAGUGGGCGAACGGGAUACGGCCGGAGACGUGGAGGAAAGGUGGAGGACGGCCAGGUGGAAGGAGCCGAGGAGCUUUGCGACCUAUGUCACCGCCGCAAGCGCUUUUACAGGCCACCAGCCCUUGAUCGAAAGCACACCCUCCUCUAUCAACCCAUUCAUCAACCCGUCCAUCCAAAACUCUCACUCCUCCUUCAACUCGGAUGCCGCCAGGUCUCCGACGCAAACUGCCUCUGUCCUCCAACCAGCGACCCCCUUUGCCGAGGAGACAGUGUCAACAAUGACUAUCAAGAACGGUGGUACAGCCGCAGCUACUGUAACCCCUACUUCGCCCACCUCCCCCGGUGCGCCGGUCGGUGCGACGCAGGAUCAUCCUUACUCUACUCUCGUCACCCACUGUGGAGGAAGUGAUCCGGAUGAAGAGGCGCAAGAGAUGCAUAGCCCUCCUAUUGCGAUUCCGACCCCUCAGUCUCCAAGGUCUCCCUCUCGAACGCGGAAAAUUGUAAACAACAACGCGGCUACCCAUCGAUUUACUCUAGUCGAUAGAGACCCCAUCUCACUGGUUGGCAGGAAGCCUCUAGCCUCGACCUUGACCUCGACCUUCACCGCACUUUUACCUCGCAAACCGCCCUCUUCCCCAGGCGGCAAGGCAGCCCCUGCCUCAUCAAAGAAACCGACACAGGGCUUCGGCGGCAUAUCGAGCUCCAAAUGUGCCGUCUGCUCGAAAAGGAUUGGCCAGAGGCCUGCGAUGCAAUGCGACGACUGCCAUGGUAAGCCGCAGUCCUAG